AUGGACAAAGAAGGUGUUGAACUUCAAACUGAUGCAGUUUCAAUGAUCACAGAUUCUUCACUUCUUCAUCACCAGGUUUCAAGAAGACCUAGUCUUUCUUCUCUACAGAUACCAACAAGGUCACUAGAAAGUGCAUUAUCUUCUUCUACUAAGACAGAUGGUCCUACAUUAUCAAGUCCGGGUUCCACUAGAGGACUGCCACCAAGGCCACAUUCUACCAAAGUCAAAUCCUCUAUGAGAAGUUUGAUUUCUGAUAGGAGCUUUAGGACAAAAACUUGUUCACAAGAUUCUGAAAAGACGGUUUUGAUUGUUCCUGAUACUGUAUCGUCGAAUGGUCCUUUGGAUAAGCCUUCUACUUCGAGAUCACUUUCGCUUAACAAGAUUUUGUUCCCUUCAUCGGCAAAAGCCGCACAUUCGUUACCGGUUACUCCAAUUGCAAAUUCAGAUGCAGAUAAUGUAAAUGGAAGACACGUCGAGGGCGAUUCUGAUUUGAAUAAAGUGAAAGUGAAUAAGCAUAUGACUCGAUCAUUUUCAGUUCCGGUUAAUGUCAAAGCAGCUAAUUUAAGGCCUACAGAUUCGAGGCGCCUGGUUCGUGUAAUUUCAGCAAGACCGCAUACUGCAGCUUCUGAUGGCAUUUCAACUCGCAGUGAUACAAUGCAAGAGAUUGUCAUUGAAGAUGCUUCUGAGGAUAUUCCAGAAGAAGAAGCGGUUUGUAGAAUUUGUUUGGUGGAGCUUACGGAAGGGGGAGAUACUCUUAGGAUGGACUGCAGUUGUAAAGGCGAGCUUGCACUUGCUCACCAAGACUGUGCAGUAAAAUGGUUUAGUAUCAAAGGAAAUAAGACCUGUGAUGUAUGCAAGCAGGAUGUCCGGAACCUUCCAGUAACACUCUUGAAAAUUUCUAGUCCUCCAACUGUUGUUCGACAUCCAUUGAAUGCUUCGCAGCAGAGAGAAGUAGCUAAUUACAGGAUCUGGCAGGAUGUACCGGUACUUGUCUUGGUCAGCACACUUGCAUACUUUUGCUUUCUUGAGGAACUAUUGGUUUCGGAUUUGGGUCCGCGUGCUCUUGCCAUUUCUUUGCCUUUCUCAUGCAUUUUAGGUCUCCUUUCAUCUCUAAUUGCUUCAAGCAUGGUGAGCAGGAGUUACAUAUGGGCUUAUGCAUGCUUCCAGUUUGCAUUUGUCAUCCUGUUUGCUCAUGUAUUCUAUUCAAUACUUAAUGUUACUGCAAUAUUCUCGGUUCUUCUUUCAACAUUCACUGGAUUUGGGAUUUCGAUCAGCGUGAAUUCCCUCUUGAUGGAAUAUAUUAGAUGGAAAACAAGUAGACAGAUUCAAUCUUCUAAUCAAAAUAUUAUUUUGAGACAGCAGCAGCAGCACCAAUGA